AAACCUUUUGCCUUUUUUCCUGAAAUACAACUGAAACGACGUCGAAAGACUCGAAACACUAAAAGCACUGAUAAUUUCCGACAACUGUUCGUGGUUUUAUCGGUGACCAAAACCGAAACCGAAAGCUUAUCCCCGGCCACCGUAAUUCAGAAAACGAAGAAGGAAGAAGAAAUCUAGAGAUGGAGGCGGGAAAGAUAGAGUUGAGAUUGCACAACACGAUGACGCAACAGAAGGAAGUGUUGAUCCCAAUCAACCCUGGAAAGAUCGGAAUGUAUGUCUGCGGCAUUACCGCUUAUGACUUCAGCCAUAUCGGCCAUGCACGUGCUGCCGUUGCCUUUGACGUCCUCUACAGAUACUUAAGGCAUUUGGGUUAUGAAGUUACUUAUGUACGGAAUUUUACUGACGUUGAUGACAAGGUAAUUAAGAGGGCUAAGGAGUGUGGAGAGAACCCCUUAGAUGUUAGUAAUCGUUAUUGCGAUGAGUAUCUUGUAGAUAUGGCUGCUCUUCAGUGCCUCCUUCCCACCCACCAGCCUCGUGUCAGUGACCAUAUGGAGCACAUAAUAAAGAUGAUAGAAAAGAUUGUUGAGAAAGAUUGUGGGUAUGUAGUGGAUGGUGAUGUGUUCUUCUCAGUUGAUAAAUCACCCAAUUAUGGUCGAUUAUCUGGGCAACUGCUGGAUCAUACUCGAGCUGGUGAGCGUGUUGCUGUUGAUCCAAGGAAGCGCAAUCCUGCUGACUUUGCCUUAUGGAAGGGUGCAAAAUCCGGUGAACCAAGUUGGGAGAGUCCCUGGGGUCCAGGAAGACCAGGAUGGCACAUUGAGUGUAGUGCAAUGAGUGAUCAUUAUCUGUCUCCGAGAUUUGACAUUCAUGGUGGUGGUAUAGAUCUGAAAUUUCCGCAUCAUGAAAAUGAGAUCGCCCAAACAUGUGCAGCUUGUGAAAAUAGUGGUGUGAGUUUCUGGCUGCAUAAUGGGCAUGUCACCAACAAAGAAGUGAAGAUGGCAAAAGCACUGAAUAACUUUUUUACAAUUAGAGAUGUCACGGCCGAGUAUCAUCCACUGGCUCUGAGACACUUCUUGAUGACUGCACAUUACCGGUCUCCUCUGAAUUAUUCCAAAUCACAACUAGAGAGUUCGUCUGAUUCUUUAUAUUAUAUUUAUCAGACAUUACAAGACCUUGUUGAAGCUCUGUUUCCAUAUCAAGAAGCAUUAAAAAAUGACAAUGGAAAGGCUGAACAGACUUCAGAAGCCAAAGACAUGAUCAAUAAGGUGAGAAGCGAGUUUGAAGCAAAAAUAUCAGACGACUUGAACGCAUCUCCUAUACUGACAGGGGCGUUCCAAGACGCGAUGAAAUACAUCAACGUUUCGAUCACCAAGCUCAAGAAAAUGCAGGUGAAGCAGCGGAUGUCGCUGCUUGUCUCGCUUCUCGAGGUCGAGAAAACAGUGAGGGAAAUUCUUGAUUUGCUUGGUUUGCUCUCUACACUGAGCUAUGCUGAGUUUUUGAAAGAGAUGAAAGAAAAGGCAUUAGCAAAAGCAAAGAUGGGAGAAGAGGAGAUUUUGCAGAAGAUUGAAGAAAGAAGAAUUGCAAGGAAGAAUAAAGAAUUUGAGAGAGGCGAUGAGAUUAGAAACACUUUGGCACUUGCAGGGAUCUCUCUCAUGGAUGUUCCUGGAAAAGACACUCAGUGGAGGCCUUGCUUGCCCCAGUCUCAGAGCGACUCUACCCAAGUCGUCGACACUACAACUCCAUGAUAUCAUCCUAUUGCUUUUGACUCUCUUCUUUUUAAAGCCUUUAUCACUUCCCUAAACCCUGAUUUAGUUACAAACUCAAUCAAAGUUGAGCUUUUUGUGAUUUCACUGGAAUCUGUACUUCUUAA